ACAGCCAAUUUGCCAAACCCUAUAAAACAAGCGCACUGGAAAACUGAAAAGCUUUCAAGGAGGAAGACUGAAGAAAAAAACCCUUCCACAGACUGAGCAACUCAAGCCUGAACAGCGGCGAAUUUCAAGCGUUCAUCAUCAAUGGACGCCAUAAGGAAACAACUGGAUGUGUUAAUGGGAGCCAACCGAAACGGCGACGUAACGGAGGUCGAUCGCAAGUACUACGACCGUGAAGUUUGCCGUCUCUUCCUCUCCGGUCUCUGCCCUCACGAACUCUUCCAACUCACUAAAAUGGAUAUGGGGCCAUGCCCUAAGGUGCACUCUUUGCAGCUGAGAAAAGAAUAUGUCGAAGCAAAAGAAAAGGGUCAGGAUAACUAUGACAGGGACUUGGAGGAUGCAAUUGAUAGGCUGAUUGUUGAGUGUGACAGGAAAAUAACUAGAGCCCUUAAACGGCUUGACGAGGAGGAUGCCAAAGCUGCUAUUGCCAUAUCAGUAUCUGAAGUUACUCUGACACCGGAGAUUGAUGAGUUGUCAAAGCAAAUCAAGGAGAAGUUGAAAGAAGCUGAUGUAUAUGAUCUUGAAGGCAAGACAGAUAUGAAAAUUCGAGCUUUGGAAGAGGUUGAAGAACUCAGAACUAAGAGAGCAGACAAACAGUCAAUGCUCCUUUUGGAUGCAUUUAACAAAGACCGAGCAUCUUUACCACAGCCACUUCAGAAUGGUCCACAGUUAGCACCCUUGCCUGCAGCUGCUCCAGAUCCUCGCAUACAAGAAAUGAUAAAUGAGAAGCUGAAGAAAGCAGAAGAUCUUGGUGAGCAAGGAAUGGUUGAUGAAGCUCAGAAAGCAUUGGAAGAGGCGGAAGCUCUCAAGAAGCUGCCUGUGAGGCAAGACCCUGGUCAGGAUUCCUCAAAGUACACUGCAGUUGAUGUGCGGAUUACUGAUCAAAAGCUCCGUGUGUGCGACAUCUGUGGAGCUUUUUUAAGUGUUUAUGACAGUGACCGCCGCUUAGCUGAUCAUUUUGGAGGAAAGCUUCAUUUGGGUUAUAUGCAAAUCCGUGAGAAAUUAGCUGAACUUCAGGAAGAAAGAAACAAGAAGCGGAAGGCCAUAGAAGAAGAUAGGAGAUCUAAAGAAAGAAAAAGCAGGGAACGUGAUAGAGAAUCAAGCAGGGACAGAGUUGAUAGCCGCGAAGCAGGGAGAGAUCACGAUCACAGGAGUAAAGAUCGCAGCUAUGAUCGUGAGCGUGACAGAAAUAGAGACCGCUCUCGCAACUAUGAUUCAAGAAGCCAUAGGCGAUCGCGUUCACGGUCAAGAGAACGGUCAAGGGAUUAUGAUCGCCACAGGCGAUAUGACCGCUACUAGGUGAAAGCUGUUGUGGCAUGGAGAGCUGGAAAGGUGUGUCGCGACUUGUUGGAUGUUUGGUACUUUGUAGUAUCCAGGAGACGAUGCCAUAUGUAUUGCUGUCUUUAUUUGGUCAGUUUUGGAUUCUGCAGUGUUAGGUGAAAUUUGAGAUUGACCUUCAACGUUACAUGUAACGUUUUGUGCAUCAGCUAAAUUUUAUGGCAACGCAAGGUUUUGUAUUCUUGAUUA